AUGCCCACGGACCAGGCUGAACCCGGCUUCGCGCAACUCUUCAUCGGAAAGGAAUCAUCUCACCCUUCGUGCAGAUCCCGGCUUCAAACACGCGCCUCAAUUUACCAAGAAGGGCUCACUCCCCACCUCAACCAGAGACCGCCUCUCUCUGGCGCGUUGCCACAGAGCCUCGUUACAACAACCAACGAGUCAUCUUCCCAAGCCGCUAGUUCGGUUUUUGAUAUGAUAUUUGCUUGGCUACGCUAUUUCCGAAGCUAUCGCUUGUUCUCCUCCAAGCCUGGUACACCGAUUCCCAAGGGAAUUCCAGGUUCUCGUCUGGCCACCGUACUCAACAACUUGGGAUGGACACCUGAUCAACCAGUGUUCAAGUUCAUCUCCGAGCGAAAGAUCUCGGCACAUGUAACCGAAUUGUAUAUUCAUGGGGAGAACAGCUCCUUGCAGCAUGAGUAUGCUAUCCUUCGCGUCGAUAUCCACAACGAACCCUCGUGGCUUCGCAUCGACUGGACAGGGGACGUAACUCGCACGACGAGCUUUGGCUCCUCCGAAGGCAAAGGAGCGCUUAUAUGGACUAUUUCAGUCGAUAAGGACUCACUCAUCUUACCUCGGGAUAGGCAAAUCAGAUUUACCAAAGUAUCAGUAUCUCUGGAAGCCGUUGCUGGUAUGGAGCUGGGCCAACAGAUAGUUGACGCCGAGUCCACACGCGCCUGGCAGGAGACGAUAGUUCAGAGAAGCAUGGAGGUCGCAGCGGGCUCUAUGUCUAUUACCUCAUUCUACGACAUAGGAUAUAAAGAAGGUGUGAACCAUGGACGCGAACAUGGUCUUAUCGAGGGGAGAAUGCUAGGGAAGGAAAAAGGGUUCGAAAUCUGGGAAGAGCUUGGAUUUUAUCUCGGAUUUGCCGCAGUUUGGUUGCAGAUUUUGCGAUCACAGAGUGAUUCCGAAUCCCGCUCAGUAGGCCAUAUAUCCCAUCUCCUGGAGCUCAUUCGAGCAUUCCCGAUGCACAAUCCCUCAAAGGACCACGAGUUGAAUGACUUCGAUAUCAUUGGGUCGCUAAAUCGUAUCCGAGGCAGAUAUAAAGCGGUCUGCGCCUCGCUGGGCGUCAAGCCGCGCCUCAUCUCAUCAAACCUUCAAAGCAAGGCGGCGGAUAAUGAAGCUCCCUCUUUACCAGACAUCUCACAGGAGGAUCAAGAAUCGACCAACAAGCCUCGCGUAUGGUCGUUCAUGGAGGCCGCGAAGAAAGCAGGGACUGAUGGACUCAGCUUCUAG